AUGGGCCCCCUGGCUCAGACCCUGGUACUGCUGGCAAUGGCCAUGGCCACCACAGCUGUCGAUGUGAUCCCCCUGGACAUGGCCCCAGACUCCUUUGAUGACCAGUACCAGGGCUGCGGCCCUGCCAUGAAGGAGGCAUUGCCAGCCCUCAACAGCUCCGAGUUUGAGCAGAACAAGGAGUUUGCUGAGGUUUGGGUAAAGGCUGCAGCCGAGUGGCAGAGUCAGGACCCCCCUGAGUCCCCUCUGUCCCCAGACCAGGCCACCGCCAUCAUGGCCUUGUUAAUGACUGACCACACAAAAGUCAAUGAUGCCCUGCGCGAGGCCGGGCAUUCCCGCCAGGAAUACCGAGACAACUUCCACUUCAAAACGCUGCAUUUCCUGCUGACUGAUGCCCUGGCCACGCUGAGGGACGCUCAGAAAGGGCAGUGUCGGGACGUAUUCCUGAAUGUGUCUGGCACCUGCUACAAGGCACAGCGUGGUGACACCGUCCGGUUCGGUCAUUUCAUGCUCGUGUUACCGAGCAAUCAAACUGGCGAGUGCCCCGUUGAGACAAUGCUUGAGGUGCACACAUGCCAAGGCGUGGAAAUCCAGUCUUUCACCAAAAAUCCAGAAGAGAAGGUUGUGCUGAUCCCACCCUUUGAGACUUUCAAUGUAACCCAAUACACCCAGGAAGGAAACAAGACACAGAUCCAGCUCCAGUCCAAUGGGACCUACAGCAAAUACAACUGCGAGUGGCUGCGAGGUGGGAGUGUCUCCAGUGCCCCCUUCCACGUUGGGGGACGACUCCUCCUGGCCACCACAGCCCUGGCAGUGGCCACUGGAAUCCUCUGAGCCACGAGGCCACCGACGUUACUGGGGUCACAGCGGCAACCAUGGCCAGCAUGGCAACCAAGGUCACUGUUGUCACUGUUGCCACCACGAUCAAGAAUACCACCAGGACCCCAAGAGAAACAAGAGCACCAAGGCUACCAAGGCCACCACUGCCACUAUUGCCACCAUGAGGUAACUGGGGCCACCAUUGUCACUGCAGGCACCACAGCCACCCUGGCCACCAUGGUAACUAUAAUCACCAAGGCCACUGUGACCACCUUGAUCACCAAGAUUACUUGAGCCACAAAGUUACA